AUGUUUAAAAGGUGGCUCUUCACAUUGUUAGCCCAUGUCGGCCUCAUUGUGUUGGGCCUCUGCUGCUGUCUGUCCCUGCUUUACCUCCUGGCCUGUAAGCCAAAGUCUCAGAGCGGACAGCAGCCUCUGCUGUGGACUGGAGGGACCACAAGCAAGGAGGGAUACCUGGCCUUGUUACAGGAGAGAGAGGACUCUCACAGACAUUAUAUCAGGAGCCUAAUGAAACAGAUAGCCCAGCUAAAGGAGGCGCUUCAGGAGAGGACACAGCAGCUUCAGGAGUCUCUGGAUAAAGCUAAAACCAAAGGGAUUCUGCCUCAAGGUCUGGAGAGUCUACACAAAACCCCGACACAGUCUGACCUCAAGGAGUUCUUUCGCUCCCAGCUGAACCAGGCAGAGGUGAACUCAGGCACAAAACUGCCCACUGAAUAUGCAGUGAUUUCUUUUGACACGUUCACCCUGCGGAGGGUGUACCAGCUGGAGACAGGGCUGACCAGACACCCAGAAGAGAGGCCUGUCAGGAGAGACCGCAGGGACGAGCUCAUAGGCACUGUUGAAACAGCUCUGCAUGCCCUGAAUGGACCUCAGCAGCAUGCAGGCAGCACCGGGAGGAAGCACACAUACUCCCCUUCAGACUUCAUAGAGGGAUUGACUCGCACGGAGCGGGACAGAGGAAGUGUGUAUGAGCUGAUGUUUAAAGGCGACGGCCCACGGGACUUCACACAGCUUGUGCUCUUCAGGCCUUUUGGACCCGUGGUCAAAGUGAAGAGCCAGAGUGUGGACACGAGCCGCAUGCUCAUCAACAUCAUAGUACCUCUUUCCAAGAGGCCAGAUGCAUUCAGGCAGUUCAUAUACAACUUCAGGGAAGUGUGCAUCCAGCAGGACGGCAGGGUUCAUCUCACUGUGGUCUACUUUGGUCGAGAUCAAAUAGACCAGGUGAAAGCGAUGAUGGACCAGACCACCAGAGAUACGCGGUUCAGGGGCUUCACUUUGAUCCAGCUGAACGAGGAGUUUUCUCGUGGCCGUGGCUUAGAAAUAGGCGCCAGGGCUUGGAGGCAGAGCCAAAAUGUGCUGCUCUUCUUCUGUGAUGUUGACAUCCACUUCACCGCUGACUUCUUAACUUCCUGUCGUCUCAACACAGAGCCUGGAAAGAGGGUGUACUAUCCAGUGCUCUUCAGCCAGUACAACCCAUCUGUCAUCUACAGUAACCACACACUCAUACCGUCUGUACAUCAACAACUGGUGAUAAGGAAGGAAACUGGAUUCUGGAGAGACUUUGGGUUUGGCAUGACAUGUCAGUACAGGUCUGACUUCAUGAACAUAGGUGGUUUCGACCGUAACAUCAAAGGCUGGGGGUUGGAGGACGUGCACCUGUACAGAAAGUACCUUCACAGUAAGCUGAUGGUGAUUCGUGCUCCAUCUCGCAGCCUCUUCCACUUGUGGCAUGAGAAGAUCUGUGCAGACGAGCUUCCUCCAGACAAGUACAAGAUGUGUAUGCAGACCAAAGCCAUGAGCGAGGCCUCACACAGCCAGCUGGGGGAGCUGUUCUUCAAACAGGAGAUUGAGCUUCAUUUGAACUCUCAGAAGCAGACGGACAGAGGAACACAGUGAGGAAGGUCACAAUUAGUUAUUGUGUUUCAGAGGUUAUCGUUUUGUAUACGCUUGCUCUGGUUGCUAUUAUAAUUUAUGUGAACUGACAUUGACCCAUUAUGGUUCAAACAAAAUAUGUAUGAUUAUAGAUGGUUUCCAUAAUGACACAUAAACUUUAUUAAAACUCA